AUGAGCGGCUCCGAUUCGACCCCGGUGAUGCCGGGCGAGAUGGAGCAAUCGAAGGACGUAGAGGCGUCGACUUCUCCUGGAUAUGAUAGUGAUGCCGCUUUUGAACCCGUUUGUGCCAAGGAGUCGGUGCCUGCAGAACCAUCUGCCGCAGACAAGCCCAAGCGAAUGCCGUCGCUGCGAUCCGUAUCCGACCCGCGGAACAUGAACUCGAAUUCAACGGCCAUGGGAUUGUUGGGGAAAGCGCGAAACCCGUCAAACACCUCGCCGACUCUUGCUACUGGCGCAGGUGGCGUCUUGAACAACGAUGUGAUGGCGAGAGCACGGGCUCUUCAUCAAUCACGCAUGUCCAAGUCGCCCAUAGCCAGUUCCCCAAACUCGCCGUCGCCUUCCUUUCCAUGCCCCGGUCGAAAUGGGUUUGCUUUGGCAAUGCCACCAGCUGCAAUGCACCGGCCAAGCCCUGUGCCGCAUCCGAACUCGGAUCCCGUGAUACCGAAACCGUCCCUGAGUCAGAGGAGAUUCGGCAUGAAGCUGUCCGAUAUGGGCGCCGGGACCUCGAUGCAGUCCUCCUCCGGCCUCAGGCGGGCCGGUGCUCCCAAACUUGCUGACCUGGAGGUCGGUGCGCCGGGUGGCCAACAAAAGCCCAACGGAUCCGGUCUCGGUUCGAAACUGGACGACUUUAAGAAAUACAUUGAUGCUGAGAAGGGCUGGAUCACGUUUGACGGAGCCGCCACCAUUACCAAAACUGGUGUCAAUUUUGCCAGCGGGCAAACAUUCACCAUUUCUCUUGACGAGGUUCAAAUACUGGACGAGUUGGGCAAGGGCAACUACGGCACCGUCUACAAAGUCAAGCAUGCCAAACCGUCAGCUCCGCGAUUUGGACAUGGCCUAUCGGGCGUGCGACUACCACAUUUACUUUCAGAUGCGGCUGUGGACACUCAAGAGGCAAAGGCAGCCGCAGCCGCCGGCGAGGCCUCGUCCCCAGACAGCGGUAACGGCAGUGACAGCACGACCGGCAAGCUGAUGGCAAUGAAGGAGAUUCGACUCGAGCUUGACGAUGCCAAGUUCUCUACUAUUCUGAAGGAGCUUGUGAUUUUACACGAGUGUGUGUCUCCGUACAUUAUCGAUUUUUACGGUGCAUUUUUCCAGGAGGGAGCAGUCUACAUCUGUAUCGAGUACAUGGACGGGGGCUCCAUCGACAAGCUGUACGCCGGCGGCAUCCCCGAAAACGUGCUGCGCAAAAUCACCUAUUCCACCGUCAUGGGGCUCAAGUCACUCAAGGACGAGCACAACAUCAUCCACCGCGAUGUCAAACCUACGAAUAUUCUGGUCAACACCAGGGGACAAGUCAAGAUUUGCGACUUUGGCGUCAGCGGUAACCUAGUUGCCAGCAUAGCCAAGACGAACAUCGGUUGUCAGAGCUACAUGGCCCCCGAACGAAUCUCUGGCGGAGGAAUGGCCCCAACCGGCAGUUCUGAUGGAACGUAUAGCGUGCAAAGUGAUAUUUGGAGUUUGGGCCUGACCAUUAUUGAAUGCGCAAUGGGGCGAUAUCCGUAUCCCCCCGAAGUAUCGUCCACCAUCUUCAGUCAGUUGAACGCCAUUGUGGAGGGCGAUCCGCCCGAUCUGCCCAAAGAAGGAUACUCGGAAACUGCUCAAAACUUCGUGGCCAGCUGUCUGCACAAGGUACCCAAAAUGCGCGCCACGUACGCCAUGCUCCUCAACCACCUAUGGCUGCAGUCCUUCUCCAAACCCAAAACGAUAACGGAAGAGGUCGAAGAAGGCGAUGAAGCUGAAACGGCAGCGGAAGCCGUGGGCCACCUCCAGCUCGGCGAGGGCGACUCGGAAGACGCCGAAGUCGCAGCAUGGGUCAAGGGCGUCCUCGAGGGCGGCAAGGACAAGCCCGGCGACGGUUCUCGUCCGGCGCUGCACGCAGUGCCCCUCGAUUCCGUGAGUCCCACCAGCAGUCCGGUCCUAGCAUAA